UUCUGUUGCCGUCUGAAACUGUGGUUCAGAAGCUGCUGCUGAUCUUGGCUACUAACUUCACUUUUUCUAUUGUUGGCUGAUGGAGGGAUAUAACAGAGUGAUGGCAGCCCUGACCGAGAACGUGCUGACAGUCAGCGUGUUACUGAGUGUCUUCUUUCUUCCAGUUCAGACUGGAUGUUCCAAGAACUCAUCCCUCGGUAUUACUGCACCAAAAACGCUGGAAGGCCUGAGUGGAUCCUGUUUGCUCAUCCCAUGCAGUUUUCUAGUGAUGUCAAGAGAAACGUCUGAUGAGGAGAGACAAAAAUUUGACGUUUCGCUUCAAAGUCACCCAGACUUUGGACAGGAUUCACAGAAUGUGACUUACAACAGCAGUCACCCAGAAGACGACCAUGAAAUGAACACGACUGGAAACCUGGAAAGGUUUGACGACAGGAGAGAAACGAUUGGCGUUUGGAUAACAGACGAACACGGGGUCGAGUCCUUUCCGCAAAAUGUGAUUUACAACAGCAGUCGGUCACAAAACAGAUACACAGUGAACAUCAUUGGGAACCUGACAGAGAAGAACUGCACCACCCUCUUUUCUAGCAUACAACCAAUUCAAGCGACGAAAUUCUACUUCAGGAUGGAGAACGGGCCGUUCAGAGCCACGGCUGUCUGUGAUCCUGUUCAAAUAACAAUGAGAGAUUCUGCUUGGAGCCCCAGGAUUGAAAUCUCAGGUGACGUGAAGGAGAAGAACUCUGUCACCGUAACGUGCUCAGCUCUCACUCCCUGUCCACAAUCACCUCCUGGACUCACCUUGAACCUCCAACCAAACCCUCACAGACAGAUGGAGAGGAACAAAGAUGGAACGUUUACAACUAUAAUCCAGCAGAACAUCACUCUGUCAGAGAUCCACGACGGAUACAACAUCACCUGCUCUGCCAGAUAUCCUGUGAAAGGAGGAAAAAACACAAGAAGGACAAAAGUGGCUCUCAGUGUUUCCUAUUCUCCCAAGAACACCUCAGUAUCCAUCACUUUAACAAAAGGUAGAUGGGUGGAGCUGCGUUGCUCCAGCAGAGCCAAGCCUCCCGUCAGCGUCUUCACCUGGUUUGAGAAAACCUCAAAUGGAGCCUUGAAAGUAGGUGAAGGAGAAAAUUAUGGACUCAAUGCCACUGAGGAGGAAGCUUAUUACUGUGUGGCCAUGAAUGAUGUUGGCAGUCAGACAUCUCCAGAGAUUCGUCUGAUUGCUCCAGUAAAAGCGUAUGAGCCAGCUGAUGAAAUUGCUGAAAGAAAAGGAACUGACUUUUAUCAAAUUCAGACGACACUGUUUUCAGGGGCAGGGCUCGUUGUCCUUGUCUGCCUGCUCAAAAUCGUCAUGUGGUAUCAUAAGAUCAAACGUAAAACUCCACAACAGGGCCAUACUCCACUUGGUGACUAACUGGGCCUUGAAUUGUGAGCCAGUACCACUGAGGGAGCUGUUUAACAUGAGGAUCUAAACUUCUUGAUAAAACAGCUUCCUCCAUGCGUAGCAGCAGACGGCGACAGGAGACGACGUACACACAGAUCUCCAGAUCUCUAAGAAAAAGCAGCUCAGCAGAGUCUGACUGCCCAGAGGUCAUCAACACACAAGAGAAUAAACAUUGACCUCUUU